CGCUUUGAAGUCAGCGCGGGCGCAGAUAUGCUGUGCCGGCUAGGCGGCAGGUGGCUGCGGCCGCUGCCUGCCCUGCAGCUCGGGGCCUGGGGCCCGCCGCUUGCGCUGGCCCCAACAAGCGGCCCCAAGCGCUCCGCUCUGCCUCUGUGGGCGGUGGCGUCAGUCUCUGCAGUGGGCCCGAGCGGCUGGUAUGAGGCCCUGGCCACGUCGGCGCCCGUGCAGGGCGCAGAGGAGGUGCUGCUCGCCGCGCACACCGCCACGGGCCUGCCCUGGUGGGGCACGAUCCUCCUCACCACCGUGGCCUUGCGCGGCGCCGUCACGCUGCCACUGGCAGCCUACCAGCAUUACAUCCUAGCCAAGGUGGAAAAUUUGCAGCCAGAAAUAAAAAACAUUGCGAAGUGUCUUAACCAAGAAGUUGCAGUUCGUGCAGAUCAGUUGGGGUGGUCCAAAAGAGUUGCCAGGCUCACUUACCUAAAGAAUAUGCGGAGGCUUGUUUCAGAGCUGUAUGUUCGGGAUAACUGCCAUCCUUUUAAGGCCACUCUGUUGGUCUGGAUUCAGCUUCCCAUGUGGAUCUUCAUGUCUGUUGCUCUCCGGAAUUUUAGCACAGGGGCAACACAUUCAGAAGCAGGUUUUCCUAUUCAGGAGCAGCUAGCUUCUGGUGGGGUCCUGUGGUUUCCUGACCUCACUGCACUGGAUUCCACUUGGAUUCUGCCUGUCUCCGUUGGUGUCAUCAAUUUAUUAAUAGUGGAGAUUUUUGCUCUGCAAAAAAUUGGAAUGUCUCGUUUUCAGACAUAUAUUACGCACUUUGUCCGUGCAGUAUCUGUGUUGAUGAUUCCAAUUGCUGCAACAGUACCUUCAGUGAGUAACCACCAGCAUUGUAUAUAGCAUGUGCUAAAUCCUCUCUGUUCUUAGCUUAGACUGGCUGGGAUUCUGCCUCUUCUAUUGAGCUUCCUCUAACUACUCAACCCCUUACUGGUUUCCGAGUUUCUGUAGUAACUAAUCUGUCUCUAUCACCAAGUGACACUUGAAUAUUUCUUGGGAUUGGUUAAUCUUCCUUUAUGUGAAUGUGUCUUAACUCUCCUUCUAAAUCAAACUCCUUUUUCCUUAUGU